AGAACAAAAUUUGGGGAAAGUUGGAAAACUAGUUUCGUUAAUUCCGUGAAUGAGGUUAUAUAUAAAAGUAUUACAAAACCAUAUUGCAUUAUGAAUUCAGAAAUUCCAAGUCUCAAAUGUCCUAUUUUACAUCUCAGUAGGAUCUGCAAUAUCAUUUGAUUCCAAAUGCUUUUAAGAAAAAAAUUCUAAAAUGUGUAAAUUUAUGCUACUUGUAUUUAUUACUUUGGUGCACAAAAGUAGACAGCAUCCCGAAGAUUCGUCACCAGGCUUAAACCGAUGUGGAGAUUGCUCCAGUUCGAAGAUCCCUCAUACAUUUACAUCUACUGGCCACCGUUGUCACGAAGAGGAUGUAAAUGCGCUUCAGAAGAACUUUACUCAGCCAACUAAUAAGUUUCCGCAAUGCAUGCCCCGUAUGUACCAAAUGAAGUAUCCUAUAGCGCGGUUUUGCUGCUUCUGGUCGCCGCAACUGGGAUGCCAGAUACUUAUUGGUGAAAAGCAUUACGAAAAGUUUGGAGUUACCUGUGUCGCCUGCCACCAAUACUGUAGAGCAGCAAAAAGUGGAGUGCAGCGUACGAAUUACGGAAAUCUGGCUACUAUACUUUUGGCUCUGCUCCUCUUGGCUCUCUUGAAAAUGUUAAUUCCCCUCAAUAAGCUACGUUAUUAUGAUGAGUUUGGACUUCAUGCUGAAGCUUAAACCAUGGAUUGCUUUCAGCUUGGGCAUAAAUUUUAAACUACUUCAUCGAUAACUUUGCUAAGUAGAAAUUCUCUUUAGAUUUGGCUCUUUGACUUUUGGACUUUAGCCGCGUUGCGCGGACACAAAUUAAUCAAAAGUGUAUAGUAAAAUAACUGUUCUGUCGUCA